AUGCACACUGCAGAUAGUGUCCUCAUCUACAGACAACUUGGCAACAGGAUGUCGUCCGCAUCCACCAGUGCGAGCGAUGCCAGCUCUUUCUCGGGCUAUGCUCGAAAGAUGGCACACCCGAAGUCGAACAUGAACAUUCAUCUAGACAACCAUUUCAAAUCUAAAAUCUACACAUCUUCUUCGCCGAUAUCUGGAAACGUUACGAUUACGACUCAGAGGGAUGUCCGCUUCGACAGCGUAGAGAUCAUUCUUCUUGGAGUCGCUCGCACACGUGUUGAUGGUGUUAGCUCACCUCAUGAAUCCUCCCACACUCUCCUGAAGAUCCCGAUGCCUAUUCCAGAAUCCAGCUAUCCAGUCCCUCGAGUACUAGAGGCGGGAAGAGAAUAUUCCAUCCCUUUCAACUUCAUCUUGCCCAACCACCUGACACUGAACGCCUGCGGCCACCGCGUGGAUUCGGAUGCCGUUCACCAAAGCCACUUGAGUUUGCCACCGACGAUGGGAUUCGUUCAAGGACUCUGGGAGAAGGACGACCUGGCUCCGCAGAUGGCCACCAUUGAGUACUCGGUGAAGGCCAGGAUCUACAAAGACCCGGAAAUGAAUGGACGACCCCUCAAGAUCAUGGAAGCGACCGAGCCUAUCAAGGUCCUCCCUGCCUAUGCUGAGGAGCCACCUCUGAACAUCACCAAGAAUGAUAAACUCUACCGGAUGACCAAGACGAAGAGCCUGAGGAAAAACAUCAUCUCUGGAAAAUUGGGGCGACUGACGGCUUCAGCACCGCAGCCGGGGGCUGCCUUCAUCGGACCGGACGGCAAGGUGGCAUCGAACACGGCGGCACAGGUCGAGCUGAAGUUCGAGCCAUCCUCCCCAGAUGUUGCUCCUCCGAAAAUCACCAGCAUGUCUGGCAAGAUCACAGCACACACCUACUACAGCGCCGGCCCGAUCAGCUCGUUCCCUAACCUGUCCGACUUCAAUAGCGGCUUUUCUAUCGAGCGGCGCGGCUCAUACUCUACCUCCGUCCCGGUCUUCUCGAGCCCUCUGGACAACAUCACAUGGGCGACACAGGUGAUCCAGGAGCGCCGAGACUCGGGCUACGCCACCGAAUCCGACGCGCGCACCGACUCCGAGCACUCGGCCCCGGAACGGAGCCGACGCGGGAGCAAGCAGCUGCACACGAAGCAGGCGCGCAAGAGCUCCGCGUCCGCGUCCGCGUCCGCGCCCUCGGCCUCGGCAUCGCCCGUCUUCCACGCCGCGACGCUGCACGUGCCCAUCCACCUGCCCGCCGCGAAGCGCACGCUGCUGCCGACCUUCCACUCGUGCAUCGUGUCGCGCGUGUACACGCUGACGCUGUCGCUGACGCUGUCGCCGUCCGCGGGCUCGACGGCCAGCAGCAGCAGCACCACCCUCUCGCUGACGCUGCCGCUGCAGAUCGGCGUCGACACCGCCGGCUCGCCCGCCCACUUGCGGCUGCAGCAGGAGAACCCGGCCGGCCUGCCCAGCUUCGAGGCCGCCGUCCAGGAGGCCGAGGUCGACGAGUUCCUGCGCCCGCGCCUGCUGUCCGUGCCGGACGUGCAGUUCAGCAGGGACCCCAGCGCGCUGCCGGGCUAUGCGGUCCACGGAUAG